AAUUUCAACCAUUCGUUGUAUACUCUUUAAACGUUAACUACGUAAAGUAUUUUUAAUUUUAUAUCGCGUGUUGAGUAGGACUUCGUCGAAGCAUUUAAAUCAUAAACUUGCAUUGUUCAUGGAUAAAAUGAGAUAAAAUAAACGAAAACUGGGAUUACUGUGAAAAUACAUUCUAAUUUCGAUUAUUACGUGUUGGGAAUUAAUUUUUUUACACGAACAUUUUACAAAAGUGUCGUGUUAUUUUGAGUGAUCAAUUUUCAAGUCGAUUGAUCAUGAAUAAACUAUACAAAUAUGAAAACGGUCACGAGGAAGCUGCGGAUAGCAAAUCUACCACGACAAACGUACCCAAUUUGAAGGGAGAUUGGUUAAAUUUCUACUUGUUGUUAUUGCUUUACAUCCUCCAAGGAUUUCCAAUAGGCUUAUCGGGCACUCUUCCAAUUAUUUUACAGAGUAGAAAAAUGGUGACUUAUGAAGAGCAGGCUUUAUUUAGUAUUGUGCUUUGGCCUUAUACAGUGAAAGUUUUAUUUGCUCCAUUUGUGGAUUCAUUAUACAUUAAACGAAUUGGUAGAAGAAAGUCAUGGUUGUUGCCUAUUCAAUUUUUAAUAGGAACGAUUAUGAUGUAUACAGCAAAGAAUAUCGAUGAUUGGUUACCCAAAUCAGGCAAAGCCAACCUUAUGAUGAUCGUAUGUGUGGUAUUCGCCAUCAAUGUCUUGUCUGCAAUUCAAGAUGUUAUUGUUGACGCAUGGUCGUUAACUAUGUUGAAAAAAAAUAAUUUGGGUUAUGCUUCUACAUGCAAUUCUACUGGAUUACCAAUUGGAAUGUUUAUCGGUUCAGUUGGCCCAAUUUUACUGGUAUCCGAGGACUUCAACAAUAAAUAUUUUCGAGCUACGCCUACUACGGGUGGUUUAAUGACACUUCAAAGUUUUAUGUUUUUUUGGAGCAUUAUAUUUUUAUUGAUCACAACAUUGAUUGGUAUAUUUAAAAGAGAGAAAGACCAUAGUUUUGAAUUGGACCACAAAAAGAUCAGCGUAGUCCAAAAUUAUAAACUAUUAUGGAACAUUUUAAAGAAGCCUGAAAUAAAAUUAUUAGGAAUUGCUUUGCUGACAGCGAGGUUUGGAUUUUCUGCAAUGGACAGUGCAUCGAGUUUGAAAUUAGUCGACGCCGGCAUAUCUAAUGAUGACAUUAUGAUAACAGUGACCGGCAUGUAUGCUAUAAAAUUUAUCAUGCCAAUUUUUGUAUCCAAAUACAUCACCGGUCCUAAAGCCAUGGAUCACUAUCUUACAAUGACACCAAUGAGAUUGAUUUGGAAUAUUGCGUACAUGGUAUUGAUUUAUUACACGCCGAGCUUAAUAAAUAAUAAUGGAGAUACAAAAGUUCCUGUUUACUAUUACUGCUUAUUAGUAUUUAUUUUUGCAGUGAAUGAGAUGCUGAGUUUUUUCAUGUUAUUAGCAUUAUACGCUUUCUUUUGUCGACUAAGCGAUCCAUGUUUUGGUGGCACGUACAUGGCAUUAUUUAAUACAUUUUACUUUCUGGGAUGGUUAAUACCAAAUACUUUGGUUCUAAAAAUGAUUGAUUUUCUAACUUUUAGUACAUGUUCAACCGACACCCAAAAUAGCUGUCUUACUCCACAUUUAAAAAACGUAUGUGCUGCAAAUGGAGGAAGUUGUGGAGUGUACGUGGAUGGUUACUAUAUAACAGUUACCAUAUGUAUAGUCAUCGGAUCAAUAUGGUACUUUGCAUUUAGAAAUAAGCUUAACAAUUAUCAACCUAUAAGAUUGGUCGGUUAAUGUGUUAAUAAGCCAUUUGACGGAAACAGUGAAUAAAAAAAGAAACCAAUUGAAAAAACUUAACAACUAUAAGUAUCAAGUUUGAUAUUGAAAUUGUUUUGUUAAAAAUGUAUAACAAAAAUUAAGUUUGGAGCAUACGAAAAAAGCAAUACAUUUUGAAAGUUAUAUGAUAUAAUCAUAUUAUAUAUUGUUAGUUAUAGAUAUUAUUUACAUUGUUUUAUAAUAUUUUAUUUAUACAGUUAUAAAUUUAUAAUGAUAUAAUAUAUAUUUUGAUUAUUAUGUAAUCUAUAAAUGUUAUCGAAUAUAUGUAUUUUAUAUUUGAUAUUAUAAGUUAAUAUAUAAUAAAGCUGUUUCAUUACAUAUUAUUAUUACACAUUUUAAGUUAAAAAAAAAGUCUAAAAACAGUAUGAUAUAGUUACUAUAAAACUUAAAAAAAAAUGUCUAUACGUUUAAUGGAUUCUUAUAUAUUCGACAAGUGUUUGUUAUAUUUUUAUUUAAUUUUAAAAUUAAUCUUAAAUUAUUUACAAAAUAAACUUAAUUAGAUAAGAAAUUAUACUUCGAUUAUGCAUAUAAAUGUUCGUUGGUGUUUGUAAAUUGGUAUCUGUCAUUCGCGUCGGGAGGCGUAUUAGGAAUAUUAUAUAUGCAUUGUGCAUGUGUGCUAUAGGUGGUGUAUAAUUUAUCGCUAAUUUUAUUAGAGUAUAAUAUUAUGUAAGUUAGUAAUUAGAAUAAAAGUGUUAAUACAUACCCACAUUAAUAUUACAUAUUAGUAUAUUAAUAAAGUAGUGCAUAUAUUAUUUUUUAAAGUUAA